AUGCAACCCCAGCCACAGCCAAACAGCACCUCGACAGCAACCGACAGCAGCCAUCCAACGCAGGACGACGAGCCCAUCGGGACUGCCAUCGAUCCAUCGAUCCCCUAUCCUAUCCCAGCUAUCGAUCCCUUCCUCCCCUCCUCCGACACUCUUUCGUCCACCCCGCUUAACACCGCUCCGGACAACGAUAGCCAUGUCCCUCUGACUUUUAAUAUCCGUUUCGCUUCCGAUGGAUCCGUGCCUGAUCUUCUUAACGUCUGGGUCGGCGACAGAGAGAGCGUCCGAGACUUCAAACGCCGGAUUCAACUAUUGCGACCUUCUCUUGCCUCCAGACGUCUCAGGUUGAUCUACCUAGGACGGGUCUUAACAGAUGGGACGCUGCUGGUACCAUGGACAGAGCUACUUCUCAAGCGACAAAACUCACAACUUUCGCAGACAGAGACGGUGACGAGGGUAUUGGGAGAUGCGGUGAGUGGGGCGUUGGGGGCGGUCAAGGGCGGGUACGAUGCGGCGAUAGGAGUGAAGAGCAAAGGGAAAGGGAAGGAGGUCGAGCCGGUAGCGGGAGGGACGAACCAGUUCGACACAGUAGUCUGGCUACAAUGUGCGGUGGGCGAGAUGAUGUCGCCCACGAUGGCCAGCGCGGCUCUAGAGCCCGAAGCAGACCGGGAUGCACGCGCCCAAGCCGCGCUGAACGAGCCUCCCCAGCAGGUCUCUGGCUUCGACCGUCUCGCUGAGGCUGGCUUCUCAGAGGAGGAUAUCGAACAGGUCAGGCGACAGUUUCAUGCCGAACACGAGUUUACCAACAGUCCUUCUGGCUUCGUCGAUACCGAUGAAGAGGAACAUGCUCGGGCUAUGGAAGAUCAAUGGCUCGAAGGACUCAAUUCGACACAGGAUGGUGUCGAUAAUGGAAUGGGUACACAUAUCUAUUCAACACUUUUCAAAGGACUUUGCGUUGGCUUCUUCUUCCCGAUCAUACCGAUAUUUUUCUUCAGGACCGAUCUACUAGAUCGGAGAACUCAACUAGCCAUCCUUUCUGGAUCAGCCAUCAAUUUCCUCUUUGGUGUAUUACAAUACACCAAUUCAUAA